CAAUUAUCGCGUGCUCCAAAUCAACAAGAAAGUUAGUCUGGGGACAGGUUGAAAAAAAUGAUUGUAACAUUUUAGCGCUUAUCGACUUACAGGUGUAUGCUAAUAACUUUGAAAAAUAGUUAUGGCUGAUAUAUUAACAACUAAAACAUGACCUAGCUUUUUUAUGAUAUCGCGUGAGUUAAAAUACCAAUUAUAAUAGCAUAAUAAAGUUUUUUUUAUAAUAUGUGAUCAAGUCUGAAUAAAACAGUACUCUAUUGCAAAAAAAAUAAUAUUACAUUUUGUAUCUUAUCACUUUGGUAUUAUCAUCAAGUAGAAGAAAGCGACAAAAAUAUAAGUGGCGCGCCGGCGCAUUUUUCCUCAAUUUAUAUUUAGCUUUGAGAAUAUCACAGUUUAAGAAAGUUAUUCCCUGGAUUGAACGAUGCGUUUAUUUGUAUCAUAUGUACCUACAAAACAAGUAAAUUAGACUUUGAAGUUAACACUAGAUACCCCAGGUGAGCCGUUUCCAAACAUCUGGCUCGAUCAAUACAAGCAUGUGACUAGUUAGUGUACUUCAGUUCACAAUGCAUGCUACACUCACGAGGGUUAUUAAACAAAUGUUAUUGACUAUUUAUGAAACAAAACUGCUAUUCAAAAUCAGGACGAAGAUGUCAUGUGUACCGAAAAAAAUUGUUCGCUGUAUUGGAAAAUGCUCAUCAGGACUAACUUUAGAAGAACUGGAUAAUAUAACUGAUCAUAUUCAAAAGACACUUAAUGACUGUAAAGGGAGAAAAAUAUUUCGAGAAUUUCUUCGGCAAAGCAAUCGAGUAGAUGAUUUAGCUUGUUUAGACUUUUAUGAAAAAAUAUGUGAGUUUAUUGAAAACGACAAAACUGAAACUUCUUCUACUACGCAACCGAGCGUUAAAGUACUCACAGAGAAUAUAAAUGAAGCAUUAGACAUAGCUGCAAAUCUCUACGGAGUUCCAGAAAUAGAUAUGGCGCUUUUGGAGAGAUUCAGUGAGUGUUUGACGACACCCUGCAGAGCUGCUAUGCUUGAUGUGCUCUCAGAUACAAAACUACGUCUCAUGGAUCAUCUCACGAAUGCUCAUAAAGACUUUAGGAUUUAUCUACUUGAACCCUGUCCGAAAACUAAGUGACCUUUUAUUUUAAUUGUGAUAAGUUUAAUUUUGAAGGUCGAAUGAAUAUUCGGAAUGAAUGGAUUAUGUAUGCUACUCUACGACACACGCUUAAACAAUACUAAUAUGCAUAAGUAUAUUUAUUUUUUUUUUCAAAGAAUAGUAAAUUAUUUAUGUUAAUUUGAUGUAUGAAGUAUUGUUAUAUCUCUAACUUUCGAGC